GAAUAUAACUACUGGGCCAUGAACACACAUAGGUUCAACUCGUUUUCACGUUGAACGAGUAAUGGUUCAGUGUGAUGAAAACGAUGACGAAGCAACAAUGUCAAUGUCCAUGGACCCUCGCGUGAGGCACGCACGAGCCAUAACAUCACACGCCAAAGACCGCGCAGUGUGGAACAACCUCAUAACCCACUACUCCAAAUCCAACCUCUCAUCCUACGCUGUCUCCCUGUUUCACAGACUCCCUUUUCCUCCCAACGUUGUCUCAUGGACCGCAUUAAUCUCCGCGCACUCCAACACCCUCCUCUCCCUCCGCCACUUCCUCGCCAUGCUCCGCCACAACACUCUCCCCAACCACCGCACCCUUGCCUCCCUCUUCGCCACCUGCGCCGCCCUCACUGCCGUCUCUUUUGCCCUCUCUCUCCACUCCCUCGCCCUCAAACUCGCCCUCGCCCACCACCCCUUCCCCGCCUCCUCCCUCCUCUCCGUCUACGCCAAGCUCCGCAUGCCCCACAAUGCACGCAAGGUGUUCGACGAAAUUCCCCAACCAGACAACGUUUGUUUCUCCGCCUUGGUAGUUGCACUCGCCCAGAAUUCCCGCUCCGUCGACGCUUUAUCGGUCUUUUCUGACAUGAGGUGUCGCGGUUUUGCGUCAACUGUUCACGGUGUUUCUGGUGGUUUGCGUGCUGCGGCUCAGCUCGCUGCGUUGGAGCAAUGUAGAAUGAUGCAUGCACAUGCAAUUAUUGCUGGGUUGGAUUCGAAUGUGGUGGUGGGUAGUGCUGUCGUUGAUGGAUAUGGUAAAGCGGGUGUUGUUGACGAUGCAAGGAGGGUUUUUGAGGAUAGUUUGGAUGAUAUGAAUAUUGCGGGGUGGAAUGCAAUGAUGGCUGGUUAUGCACAGCAUGGGGAUUAUCAAUCUGCUUUUGAACUGUUUGAGUCUUUGGAAGGUUUUGGACUUGUGCCUGAUGAGUAUACUUUUUUGGCGAUAUUGACUGCUUUGUGUAAUGCUGGGAUGUUUCUGGAGAUUUAUCGGUGGUUUACGAGGAUGAGAGUGGAUUAUGGUUUGGAACCGAGUUUGGAGCAUUAUACGUGUUUGGUGGGUGCAAUGGCACGUGCUGGAGAAUUGGAGCGUGCGGAGAGGGUUGUGUUGACAAUGCCGUUUGAACCGGAUGCUGCAGUUUGGCGAGCUUUGCUAUCAGUUUGUGCGUAUCGUGGUGAGGCUGACAAGGCUUGGUGUAUGGCGAAGAGGGUGUUGGAGCUGGAGCCACAUGAUGAUUAUGCUUAUGUUAGUGUUGCUAAUGUGUUAUCAAGUGCAGGGAGGUGGGAUGAUGUUGCGGAAUUGAGGAAGAUGAUGAAGGAUAGGAGGGUGAAGAAAAAAGGUGGGAGGAGUUGGAUUGAAGUGCAGGGAGAAGUUCAUGUUUUUGUGGCGGGGGAUUGGAAGCAUGAGAGGUCCAAGGAAAUUUAUCAGAAGUUGGCAGAGCUUAUGGGGGAUAUUGAAAAAUUAGGGUACGUUCCUGUUUGGGAUGAGGUGUUGCAUAAUGUUGGGGAGGAAAAGAGAAAGGAGUCUCUUUGGUAUCACAGUGAGAAGUUAGCUGUUGCGUUUGGAGUGUUGUGUGGAUCUGCACCACCAGGGAAGCCGUUAAGGAUUGUGAAGAAUUUGAGGAUUUGUAAGGAUUGCCACGAGGCUUUUAAGUAUAUGACAAGAGUUUUAGAAAGGGAAAUAAUUGUGAGGGAUGUCAACAGAUAUCACAGAUUUGUGAAUGGUAACUGUACUUGUAGAGACAUAUGGUAGCAUAUACAUGUUUGAGGCUUGUUUCUAAUGAUAAGUGAUGCUGAGAAAGAAAACUGAUUUUUCCCCAUUACGAUGCAGCUAAGGUGGCUGAGUGGGCGGAACUCCACUUAAUCCACUUGACAUUUGAUGUUUGAAUAACAUUCUGAAACUGUCGAGGUGUCUAGUUUUAAUCACUUGAAAGACUGCAUGAAUUCAUGCAUCAAAUACAGAGAUGGGGGAGAAUGAAGUGGCAAAAUCGCAUGUUUUUGGAAUCAGUGAGGAAAUGCUUAGAGGAAGAAGGUUGAGGCUGCCAUUGUCAAAACACGCCCUCAUAACACUUUUAACAGCUGAAGUGAGGAUUUCAACACCACUAGCUGCCCUUGGGGAACGUAUUAUUCAUUGAUUGGAAAAUUCAACAGCUUAUACAAAAUUCAAAAAUCACUUCUUGCUUAGCAUAAAUAAUUGAUUGUGUUGGCUUCAAAGGGUAAAGUUAUUGAAAGAUACAGUAUAUAUGAUUGAUAUUCUGUCAUAGUUGUUAAUGCAGAUUACUACCAUAAAAUUUCCAAAAGGGAUAAUUACAAUCUGUUGAGGUUAGCGGUAAAUACACCUAACCCUACUUGAUUAAAA